GUGCCACAUAUUAGCCCUUGUCAGUUGGGCUUUCGCCGCCGAUGCUCUGCAACAUCCUUCAGCGGAGAAAGCAGAAGCGUCGAAAGGACCUUACGACCUGGAAGAGACAGGUUGUCCCUGUCCGCCCUCUCACCUUGUCCCCAAAUGGGGUAGUCCGGCACACUUUGAUUGGCGCGUUUUUCUCCGGGAUCGUUCCUAGCUAUGGACCAAGAGUCGACUUCUCCCUUGGAAGUCGCCGUCGAGCUUGACGUAGGUCAGCGGUUAUGGGACAUCACUACAACAGGGGAGGAAGUCCUCGAAACAGUGCCUUCGAGACUCGAACGACUGACCAACCGAGCCCAACAACUGAACUGGACCAAAAUCAAGUCGAAACCCCUGGCUGCGGCGGUGGAGGACGAUGCACCAGAUGACCAGCCGCACCUGCCGUCUAUCCGUCUUGCUAAAGAUAUUAUCUACAGAGCCUGGCAGGAAAGCUCGCUGCUGCUGGACAUCGUCAAUCGUCUGUUGGGAGCAGAAAAGAGGACGUCAAGAUUGGAGCCGGAUACGACCCAUUUGCGUCUCAUUUCUGCGCCCAACAAGCCGCGGCCUUCCGCAAAGCAGCAAAUCGACCAGAUGGAGCUCGUGGUGGCCGCAAAACUUCAGCAUUUGAGAGAGAUUGCCACGAAAUUGAAUGACGCGGCUUUGCGAAUUGAAAGCUUAGUCCUCCGCGACGAGGUCUUUUAUGGUCGGUUCACGUCGGAUUUACUCGAGAGGAACUGGAUCCUCCAAGCCAAAACGCUGCAAGGAUAUGGAACAACCGUAUACGUUGAUUACACAUACAACAAUGUUGGCUCCGAGUUUGGAGAAAUCGGUCACGCGGAUUUACGGCGGGAUUUCACUCAGGACGCUAAAUCAGAUGGGUUGGCGGAUCGCGCGGACCAAAACGAUGUCCAGCUUUCGUUCUAUCAUCGAGCGGCGAAGAAAAUCAAAAUGUCCAUUGAUGCACCAAAUGGGAUUCCCUCGGAAACGGAGGACGAGCCUGGAAAGGAUUAUGAAACUGCUAGUCUGGGAACAGCAACUGAUGGGAAUUUUCAUCGAUUGGUCAUAGCUCAGUCGAGUAUAUUUGACUCCGAAGUCUACGAGAAGCUUCUGCAUGGUGCCGCACCAGGCCAGGCAACAGCGGCAAAUGUGAUCGAAACAGAUGACAGUCUUACAAUUGGUUCCAACCGUGGUAAUACUCGCAUCACUGUGAAAAUAGUGCAAGCCCCUCUGACAAAACAGCGGAGAAACGAAGACAGUGGCGGUGAUCAGACUCUCCGGGAAACGCCAUCGGAGUAUAGCGAGCAGGAAGAGAAUAGUGCGUUGCUGGCGUGGGUAGCGCGGCAGGGACUACGUGAAAUACACCGUGAGAAUUUGCGGAAACAAAAAGUUGGACAAAAGGCCGACCGGAGGCAAACCGCAUCGGCCUUGUUCCAGCGCGUCACACAAAGCGUGGAGAGACAGCAUUUGCGUGAGGAGAUACAAGCCCAUUUAGAUGCGGUAGUGAGCCAUUUGGAGGCUCGCUUCGAAGUGAGUCUGCAACGCUUGCGAAACGAAACGGCCGGCGUCGAUACAUCGUGGAUUCUCUCUAUUUACAGUUAUCGAAUCACACUGCGAUUAUACGCAAGCGGCGAAAUCAGAAGCACUUCAACAGCGUCAAAGAUCGGCGCACAGGAGAAUCUGCUGUUACCGGACAGUGUGGAGGAGUUUCUCCGCCAGGAGAUUUGGCGGAUAUGCCUGGCUCUUGUUCUGGAGGUGGCCGAUGGCAUGUCGGCCAUGACCCGGGGCAAGACGCCUUUCGGCGUAGGAGAUUGGAUUCUAGAUGCCGGAAGUGUGAGUGGGAUGAUAGUACCGGGGAAGGUACCUGUCCGGAUCACAGCUACGCUAUGCGGACACGACCUCGUCAAUUCUGAAAUUCGGAUACAUAUCUCCUCCAAAGUCAAGCCUCACAUCAUCCAUCUCGCACGACUUGAUACCGACGAUGUGCGGGAUAGGGACAUACGCGACGCGUUACGCCGUACCUUACGAGCAUCCACGUGACGCUAAUUAGUCACUGCUGUACAUACGUAUAUCUCUUUUUGGUGUCCUGCGUUUGUGAGAUACGGCGUUGCCCACGCUUCCUUGCAUUUUGAUUUAUGGGCAU